CAAGCAGCACUGUUAAGUUUUCUUCGGCUUCAACGACCCGCAACGCUUGGUCCGCUUUUUUUUCGUUCCCUGUCUUGCACGCCGCCAGGAAACUGUAACUCAUACAUGAGCAUGCUCACAGGCUCACUGCCUCCCCAGCUGUAGGAGGGCCGUUUUAUCAAAUGACUUCAAUGGCGCCACCAUGAGGCGGUUUCUGCCGACAACGAAUUUCGGGUCUGCCGUGCGCUCGGCCAGCUCCGCCUCCUCCGCCUGUUCCGCCUGCUCCGCCUGCUGGCCCGCGGCCCCUCGGCCCUUCCUCUUCACCGGCCGCCAGCGGCACUUCCAUCCCUCGCCGGCCACCACCAUUCCGCGCCGCCGAAACUUCUUCACCUCCAAUGUCCUCCUGCAGCAGGAUGGCAGCGAGCCAGGUGCCCGCAGUGCCCCGGUCGAGAAGAAGGCGGCCGAGGGCAGCGCGAGUCAGUCCGCCGCCCAGAAGAAGCGCAAGCCGCCGCUCAAGAACUCGCUGCACCGCGUCGCCAUCGUCGCCCAGAAGGGUGCGCCCGUGAAGACGCCCCCGCCCGCCGCCGAACCGCCUGCCGGACCGGAUGGCAGCAACACCAUCAGCGCCGUAUGCGUGGCCGAGUCCUUCGACAUGGACCGCGUCGAGGACAUAUUGAGGAACCACGGCUUCUCGCUCGACCCCGACGGCACCGGCUUCGAGCCGCACGAGGUCGUCCACGCGCGCGGGCUCAACAACGCCGACAUCUUCGUGUUCCCCUCGGGCACCGUCGUGACCUGGGCGCUGCCGUCCGACGUGGUCAACACGCUGGCCACCCGCCACCUGCUGCCGGCCGCCGAGAUGCCGUUCAUUGAGGAGAAGGAGGAGGAAGACCUCGAGUUCCGGGUCGACCCCGAGCAGGAGCAGAGCCGCAUGAGCGGCGCCGUGGUCGUGCUCGGCACGCGGCGCGAGGUCGAGGCGGGCGACCGGCUCGACACGACGCUCGCCAAGAUCGCCUUCUCGUCCGGCCUGGCGCGCAGCACCAAGCUGGCCGUGCUCGAAAGCUCGCUGACGCGCUACCUCGAGAGCACGCGACACAUCGCCGACCGGCUGUCGCAGGGCCUGCGCGCGCCGCUGUCGCGCGAGCUGAUCCUGCAGAAGGCCGGCGAGCUGCUGAACCUGCGCAGCCAGCUGAACCACUACAACGACCUGACGGACGCGCUGCCCGACAUCUUCUGGGACACCGAGGAGAAGCUGGAGACGUACUACGCCAAGAUCGGCAAGGCCCUCGACGUCGGCGUGCGCAUCAAGACGCUCAACGACAAGAUGACGUACGCCCAGGAGGUUGUGGGGGUCGCCCAGGGCGUGCUCGACAUCAGCGAGAAGAUGUCGAGCGAGAGGCACAGCACCCGCCUCGAGUGGAUCAUCAUCAUCCUGAUCGCCAUCGAGGUCGCCUUCGAGCUGAGGCGGCUGUACAUGGAGAGGUAUGAUGUGUUCCAGGACGAGUUGCUCGCCGAGCUGCGGGCCUUGAGGACGGACAUGCGACGAGAGGACAAGGUGGACACCGCCCGCUAACCUACCUAGGUGUGUCAGGCGUGUUGGUUGUAAUACAUAUACAUCUGUAAAUCACUGGCGUUUAUGAUACCCAACUCGAUAUUCAAUCGUAAAACCCAGCACUGCUGGCAAAAGAACCAACAGUGCUAACCCAUGACCAUUCGCACGUCCCGUUUCUCUCUCUCUCUCUUUCUCGCCCCAUCGUUUCCCCAAUUUUACACAUCAAGCUGAAUUCUGGGAU